AAACUCCACAACUAACUAGUCAUGUUGAACCUUGUGCAUCAGAUAGCAGAUUUUGGACUCGCCAAGUCUUGUUCAGACUGUGAAACCCAUGUUUCCACUCGGGUUAUGGGAUCAUUCGGCUACUUGGCCCCUGAAUAUGCCUCUUCUGGGAAACUCACAGACAAAGCAGAUGUCUUCUCGUUCGGAGUGGUGCUUAUCGAAUUGAUAACGGGGCGCCGACCUUAUGAUAAAUCAAGGGCUUUCUCCGAUGAUGAUAGCAUCGUUGAUUGGGCGAAACCUCUGAUGGCAAAAGGUCUAAAGGAUGGCAACUUCAACGGUUUUGUUGACCCGCGAUUAGAGAAUGACUUUGAUGUCAUCGAAAUGACGAGAGUGGUUGCUUGCGCUGCUGCUAGCGUCCGCCAUGCAGCGAAACGCCGUCCAACAAUGACCCAGAUUGUUCGAGCAUUUGAAGGCAACAUUUCUCUAGCUGACAUAACCGAAGGAGUUGCUUCAGAAGACAGCACUGGUUACAGCUUAGACGGGAGCUCGGAUUACUGCUCAACACAAUACAGAGAGGAUUUGAAGAAAUUCAAGAAAAUGGCACUUGAAAGCCAGACAUUUGGUAGCAGCGGUUUGACGAGCGAAAAUGGUCAGGACUUAGAACCAUCAAGCUCCUCUAGCAUCAACGAAGGAUGACGUAACGCAGCUAGCAGACC